UUCGACUUGGUCAGACGGGACUUGGGACUUGGCGGAAGUGUCUUGUUUCUGGCGUUCGGUGGUGGUGCGCUCUUCCCAGACGCGCGGCUUCGCCUACUUCCGGCCCAGCUAUGUCCUUUUCUGGCUCCGCUGGUCUGGUGCUCGGCGCCUGUGCACGUCCCCUCGUCCUUCUCAGCAGCCGUCGGUGCACUCCUCCUUCGCCACCAGGGAUCGCUCUGCCGCGCACCUCCCGAUCGCGCCCGCUCGCUGCCGCCACGCCGUCACUGCCGUCCACGCCAGGUUCUCCGCCGCCGUCAUCAUUGUCGCCAUUGCCGCCGCCGUCCUCAUCAUCUACAUCUGUGGGCCACUGGAGAUGCUGCACCAGAUCAUGCGCCUGGCCCAGUGUGAGAGCAUGACCAACGGGGACUACGUCUUCUUCUACGUGGACGUUUUUGGGGAAAGCCUGCGUGCCGAGGGGCAUCGGGGGGCAGCCAAGCCCUGGCAGAGCAAGGACGGCCCAGACCCAAGUGCCCUCCGGGAGGCCUUCCAGACGGUGCUGGUGAUCACAUAUCAUGAGCCCCAAACCCCCGAGUACCAGCAUUUCCAGAAGCAGCUGAUCCUGCGUGCCCGGACAGAGUUUGGCGUGGAGCUCAACGCCUCGCUGAAGAACUUGGUGGCCGGCUGCUUCCACGACGCGCUCCUCCUCUACACCACCGUGCUGAAUGAGACGCUGCGCGAAGGCGGGACUAAGCGUGACUCCAGCCGCAUCCUCCAGAAGAUCAAGGGCCGGAAAUUCCAGGGCGUCACUGGGACCGUGAGCAUGGACCACAACAAUGACCGGGAAACGGACUUCGAUGUGUGGGCCAUGGCGAACGUGGAGACGGGAGAAUACCAGGUGGUGGGCCAUUACGUGGGAUCAGAGAAGCAGAUGAACUGGCUGGGGCCCAUCCACUGGAAGAAGGGGGGGCCUCCUCUCGACAACCCGCCCUGUGUCUUUGACGUGGACGACCCCACCUGUGAUAAAACUCCGCUCUCCACCUUGGCCAUCGUGGCGCUGGGAGCCGGGCUCACCUUCAUCAUGUUUGGAGUGUCCAGCUUCCUGGUCUUCAGGAAGCUGAUGCUGGAGAAGGAGCUGGCGAGCAUGCUCUGGCGCAUCCGCUGGGACGAGCUGCAGUUUGGGAGUUCCGAGCGCUACCACAAGGGGGCGGGCAGCCGCCUUCCCCUCUCUCUGCGUGGGUCUAGUUAUGGCUCCCUGAUGACAGCCCAUGGGAAAUACCAGAUCUUUGCCAACACCGGCGUCUUCAAGGGAAACGUCGUGGCCAUCAAACACGUCAACAAGAAGCGGAUUGAUCUGACGAGGCAGGUGCUCUUCGAACUCAAACACAUGCGAGACAUCCAGUUCAACCACCUGACACGGUUCAUCGGGGCCUGCAUCGACCCCCCCAACAUCUGCAUCGUGACCGAGUACUGCCCCCGGGGCAGCUUACAGGACAUUCUGGAGAACGAGAGCAUCAACCUGGACUGGAUGUUCCGCUACUCUCUCAUCAACGACCUUGUCAAGGGCAUGGCGUUCCUGCACGGCAGCAUCAUCGGGCACCACGGGGGCCUCAAGUCCUCCAACUGCGUGGUGGACAGCCGCUUUGUGCUCAAGAUCACCGACUACGGCCUGGCCAGCUUCCGCCAGAGCAGCGAGGGGGAGGGGAGCCACGCCCUCUAUGCCAGUGAGCUGUGGACAGCCCCGGAGCUCCUGCAGAACAGGCCCCUGCCCCCUCCGGCCAUGCAGAAGGCCGACGUCUACAGCUUCGGGAUCAUCCUCCAAGAGAUCGCCCUGCGCAACGGGGCCUUCUACGUGGAGGGCAUGGACCUCAGCCCCAAAGAGAUUGUGCAGAAGGUGCGCAACAGCCAGAGGCCGUACUUCCGCCCCACCGUCGACACGCGGGUGCACAGCGAGGAGCUGGCGGUGCUGAUGGAGCGCUGCUGGGCCCAGGAGCUGGCCGAGCGCCCCGACUUCACCCAGAUCAAGAUCUUCAUCCGGCGGUUCAACAAGGAGGGCAGCACCAGCAUCCUGGACAACCUGCUCUCCCGCAUGGAGCAGUACGCCAACAACCUGGAGAAGCUGGUGGAGGAGCGCACCCAGGCCUACCUGGAGGAGAAGCGCAAGGCGGAGAACUUGCUCUACCAGAUCCUGCCCCACUCCGUGGCGGAGCAGCUCAAGCGCGGCGAGACGGUGCAAGCGGAGGCCUUUGACUGCGUCACCAUCUACUUCAGCGACAUCGUGGGCUUCACUUCCCUGUCGGCUGAGAGCACCCCCAUGCAGGUGGUGACCCUCCUCAACGACCUCUACACCUGCUUUGAUGCCAUCAUCGACAACUUCGAUGUCUACAAGGUGGAGACCAUUGGCGACGCCUACAUGGUGGUGUCGGGGCUGCCUGUCCGCAACGGCAAGAUGCACGCCCACGAGAUCGUCCGCAUGGCCCUGGCCCUCCUGGAGGCCGUGAAGACGUUCCGCAUCCGGCACCGGCCGAACGAGCAGCUCCACUUGCGGAUCGGCAUCCACUCAGGGCCGGUGUGCGCCGGAGUGGUGGGUCUCAAGAUGCCUCGGUAUUGCCUCUUUGGGGACACGGUCAACACAGCCUCCCGCAUGGAGUCCAACGGCGAGGGUGAGGAGGACUCUUCCUGGGGAGGGGGCCACCCCCACCUGCCUCUUCCCCAGCUGGCCGAGCCGGCCCCUCUGUAA